UAUUUUAUAUAAUAUUGAUAUUUCAUGGCCACUAACCUAAAUCUACCUUCCAAAAUUUUAAUUUUGAAAGUUGAUUUGGAAUUAACAUCUUCGAAAACUCAUAAAACCGUUUUCAUAUAAAACACAUCUUUUUGGGGAAAGCCGGAGGUACGAAAGGAUUAAGUUAUUACUUGAGACGGUCUUGAAAUAAUUCAAUUAUAAAUAUUGACCAUAAGUAAUAUGAAAUUUAAAUACUAUCAACAUGUGUGGACUUGAAACUUACACUUUAAGAUUAUUUAUUAUUGUUUAUCGCGAAAAAAGUUCAAGCAGUAUAUCAAAACAAACAUUAUCAUAAGUUAUUGUUUUAAAUGGCAAUUAAAAAAUGAUAACUGUCAAAUAUAAUAAUAAAUGUUAACAAUAUCAAAUUGUGUCUCAAAGAUUCGUAUUUUUUUAAAAAUCAAGAAGUGUAAUUAUAAAUAGGUGCGUCAAACCCAUCAAAUCAUGGAUUCUUGGAACCCCAACCAUCGAUCAUUUAAUUCGAUCACUAACACAUGAAUGUUUUUGUGAGGCAAUAAUUUUUUCAAUUUCAAUAUUUUUAACAGAUUUUAAUCGCUGCCGCGCACGGAUAGGCUACAUGUGUUAGUGUCUCAAGAUCAGACGUUGUAACAAGUAUAAUGUGUAAUAAUUAUAUAUAGAAUUGCAAAAUCAUGUAAACAACUCGGAAUUCAAAUAAAUGCACAUAAGAAAUGAAUGUAUAUAAGAAUGUAUAAUAAGAAAGCAUCAGUUUGCCAUAAGACUCUGCAUAGUAAAGAACAUAUUUAUUAAGAAUAUUUAUACAAAUUGAUUAUAAAUCAAUAUAACACAAUUACGUAACACGCAAUAAACACUCUAAAAACAUUUUAGAUAAUGAUAACUGCUUCAUGAGAUAAGUUCUUUUAAUCGAGAAAAAGAACAAUUAAAAGAUUUUGUAAAAUACAUAUAAUUUUUAGUGAUACAUACACUUUUUAAUUUAGAAACAAAAAGAGUAUAUUCAUUAUAUUUUUAUAUCUUCUUAAUUAACGUAUUUCGAUGCAUGUUGUGUUUUACUUAUAACGCGUUCCGAUAAACUUAUCAAGUUUAUUACAUCAAUGAAUUUUUCAUUAUCGGCACUUUUAAAUCCUGAUUUAAAAAAAAGAAAUUUUAUUUACGACAUUGUUUUCAAUAACAAAAAAUAUAAAAAUUACCUAGUUCAGUUCGGUAUUUAAGUGUUGGACAAUAUUUUCAAAUGUAUUUGUAUAAACUUAUUAAUCUUAUUAUGAUAACAGUAAGAUGAUAUCCUAUUUAUUUUAUUUAUCAUAAAGAUAUAAAAUAUUUGUUGGGUCAAUAAAAAUUGAAGAAACAUUGUAGAAAAUUAAUCUGAUUAAAACAGAUACCACAAGAAUGUUUAUUACUAUAUUAUUAUUAAUACUUAUUCCUGUGGCUUAUUUGGUGUAUCAUUAUUACGUGCACAAUGGACAAAAUGGACGAUUAUUCCAUAAAAUACCAGGGCCAUCAUAUUAUCCAAUUAUUGGUCAUCUACUUUUAGCGCUACGUCCACCAGAGGAGCUCUGGAAAAUAUUAAUUACUAUACCUAAUCAAUAUUAUCCUAUUGGUAAAAUGUGGACCUUCUUUUAUUUUGCUGUAACCAUUCGACAUCCUGAUGACUUGGAGAUACUACUGAAUAAUGUAAAAUACAUCAAUAAGGGUAUAGUUUAUAAUAUAUUACAUCCUUGGUUAAAGACGGGUCUUCUUACAAGUGGAGGAUCUAAGUGGCAUUUACGGCGAAAGAUAUUAACUCCAACAUUCCAUUAUAAUAUAUUAGAGCAAUUUGUCGAAAUUUUAAUUGAGGAGAGCGAGAAUAUGAUAAGAUCUUUGAAAAGUGUAGAAGGCAUUGUUAUAAAAGAUUUAGUACCGUUUAUUAGUGAACAUACACUGAAUGCAAUAUGUGAAACUGCCAUGGGCAGUUCUCUACAAGGAAAGAAUGCAUUUCAGCAACAAUAUCGAGAAGCGGUUCACAGAAUGGGGAAACUUUUUGUUUAUAGAUUAUUGAGGCCGUGGCUACAUGUCGAGUGGAUAUUUUCAUUAACUCCAAAAGGUAGAGAACAAAAAAAAAUCUUGAAGAUAUUGCACGGAUUUAGUGAAAAGAUUAUUGCAGAAAGAAAAGAUUAUCAUAAACGCACUAAUGGACAAUAUUUGAAAAAUCUUGACAAAGAAACGAUGGCAGAUAAUAAAGAAACUACUACAAUUAAAAGAAAACGGCUGGCAAUGUUGGAUCUUUUAAUAUUGGCAUCUCAAGAAGGUGUUUUAACUGAUUCAGAUAUUAGAGAGGAAGUCGAUACUUUUGUGUUUGAGGGUCAUGAUACUACAUCAAUGGCUAUAUGUUUUACUUUAUGUCUACUGGCUGAACACGAAGAUAUCCAGAAUCGUGUUCGAGAAGAAGUUGAUACUAUUAUGAAAGAGAAUCAAGGGAAUCUUACCAUCAAGUCACUGCAAGAUCUACGAUAUUUGGAGAGAUGUAUAAAAGAAGCGUUGCGUUUAUAUCCAAGUGUUUAUUUAAUAUCUCGAGUUAAUUUAGAAGAGAUACAAUUAAAAUCAUAUUUAAUACCUGCCAAAACAAUUAUACAUCUAAAUAUAUUAGGAGUUCACAGAGAUGCCAAUUUUUGGCCAAAUCCAGAAAUAUUUGAUCCAGAUCGAUUUUUACCUGAGAAGAUUAAAAGUCGUCAUCCUUACUCAUAUAUACCAUUCAGUGCUGGACCGCGUAAUUGUAUCGGUCAACGAUUUGCUCUACUGGAGUUGAAGGCAAUGAUAGCUUCUCUGAUUCACAAUUUCUACGUAGAACCAGUGGAUUAUUUAAAAAAUAUUCGAACAGUACCUGAUCUGGUGUUACGCCCUUUAGAUCCGCAUCGUUUAAAGUUUAUUCCAGUUGUUAGAAAAUGCAUAUAGAUAUUUAAAAGCAAUUCAAAUUUGGAAAAAUGACAAUUUGUUGCGUGCAAUAAUACAAAAAUAUGUGUAAUGUGAGUAAAUAUAUGUAAUAAAUAUAUUAGUAAUUGGAAAUAAAUUGAUAGCUUUUGGAAUAGGA